CGAGCUGACAGGAAGUGGUGUGGCUAAGGCGGAAGUGCAGUAGCUAUGGCAAUGUGAAUGGAGCAUACAGCAUUUGUUGCUGUUUUUACAAGUUUAUUAUCAUUAUUUUGUGUUUUUACGUUUCAGAAACAUGGCUUGUUUCUUCAGAAGAACAAUUGCAGUAAAGCUGGGUCGCACACUGCAGCAGUCUGAGGAUGCCUUCAUACCAGCUCUGUCAGCAGUUCCAGUCUUUAAGAAACAGCAGACUGCUGACUUCAGGCUGUCCAUCAGCUCACUACGGGUCAGUGGGAUUCUACCCUCCAGUGGUGACAUUCAGCUGCAGACAGAAGACUUGGCCACUCGGUUGAAGCAGGACAGCGUGGUGGAGGACGUAUCUGCUGGAAAUGGAAUGAUCAACUUUAAAAUGAAUCGGCAGCUUCUUGUCCAGAAAAUGUUGGAGCCGUUUGGAAAGGAGGAGGACGAGAAAUUUGGGUUAAAUAGUGAACUUUUCAAUAAUCUGAAGAGAUCAACAACGUUAGUUGAGUUUAGCUCUCCAAAUAUUGCCAAAAAGUUCCAUGCUGGACACUUAAGAUCUACAAUUAUUGGUAACUUCAUUGCGAACUUAAAGCAGUCUCUUGGAAACAACGUCAUUCGAAUGAACUACCUGGGAGACUGGGGAAUGCAGUUUGGUUUGCUGGGAGCUGGGUUUGGUCAGUUUGGAAGUCAGGAGAAACUGAAACAGAAUCCCUUACAGCAUCUGUUUGAGGUUUAUGUCCAAGUUAAUAAGGAAGCAGAGCACAACGAGGACGUGAAGCAGGCUGCCAGAGACUUCUUUAGACAGCUGGAGCAGCAUGACAGCGAGGCUGUGUCGUUAUGGCAACAGUUCAGAGAGAUCACAGUGGACGAGUAUCAACGCGUUUACAAGCGGUUAGGCGUCCACUUUGAUAUUUACUCCGGAGAGUCCUUCCACCAGGAUCAGGCCCAGGAGGUGGUGCAGCAGCUGCAGAGCCGAGGCCUGUUGAAAACCUCUGAGAAGGGGACCGGUGUAGUGGAUGUUUCCCCUGCUGGAGACAUGAGCAGCGUCUCUACGGUGCUCCGCAGUGACGGCACGACGCUCUACAUCACCAGAGAUGUUGCUGCAGCUAUUGACCGAAAAGAAAAAUACCAUUUUGAUGAGAUGAUUUACGUGACGGAUAAAAGUCAAGCGAAUCACUUCCAACAGUUGUUCCACAUCCUGCUCGCUAUGGGACACUCGUGGGCCGACAGGUGUGAGCAUGUGCCCUUCGGCCUGGUGCGGGGCAUGAAGACCCGGAGCGGUGAGGUGGUGUUUCUGGAGGACGUGCUGGACGAAGCUCGGGCCAGGAUGCUCCACAACAUGAGCCAGUCAAAAACAACAAAGGAAAUGGAUGACCCAGAGGACACCGCAGAGAAAGUGGGAAUCAGUGCACUAAUAGUCCAGGACUUCAGAGGACCCCUGCAGUCGGACUACACGUUUGACUGGGACCGGAUGCUGCAGGCUCAGGGAGACACGGGAGUUUUCCUCCAGUACACACACGCUCGACUCCGCAGUUUAAUCCGGAGGAACGAAGGAGUUGAGGCAUCUGUAUUUGAUCCAUCCCUCCUACUGGAGCCGACGAGCAUCACCAUCCUGCAGCACCUCCUUCGAUAUGAUGAGGUGUUGUAUCAGUCGGCCCAGGACCUGCAGCCAAAACACCUCGUCAACUUUCUAUUGAAGCUGUGCCACCUGAUCGCAUCAGCUCACAGACAGCUGCCGGUGAAAGGAAGCCCUCAAGAUGUUGCACAGGCAAGAUUACGGCUGUUCAGCGGAGCCUGUUCAGUCCUGGCCAACGGGAUGAAGAUCCUGGGCAUCACACCGGUUGAUAAAAUGUGAAACUCACCAAAGUUUAUCAUUUCUAACUGCUGUAGAUACCAUAGUGCUUAAGUUGUACUGUAAAUAAAAAGCCUUACAUUUUCAAAAUCA